AUGGCGCACACUCUCCGCAAAGGAUGGCUGAUGCUUCGUGGCAAGACCGAUGCCGAAUGGCAAAAUCAUUGGGUUGUUCUAGCUGGAUUGAGCUUGAAGCUCUACAAGGACGUUUGGGCGGAGGACUCCACGGAACCCUUGAUAGCUAUUGAUCUGUCCGAGUGCGAAAACGUGUAUCCAUCAGCAAGUGCGAAGAAUUACGGAAUAGAAAUUAAGGUUAGCUCUUGA